ACAGAGAGGGGCGGGGCUGACAGGGCGUUGCUAAGCGACGGAGAUGCGAGCGGGGCCUGUUUGGUGAAGGAGCAGAGCGGACGGAAGCGCGGAGGGAGCCGCGGGAUGGAUCCCAGCCUGCCAGUUUUCUCCAUUCAAGAUAGUCCCUUUGGAGAUGCGCCCCUGGGUCGAAGCCACUACUGGCCAUCCCGGAGCCAGACCUGGUGUCCCAAGACCCUGAGCCCAUCCAGGUCUCAGAGAUCCAGGCUCCCACAAGUUCCCAAGGCUCUAGCCACAGGUCCCAACUCCCCUGAGCUGUUUGAGGAGUCCUGGCCAUCCAGUUCAGGGACGCCUUCCCCGCCCAGCACCACUGAGGGACAGAUGGGGGCCUCCCCAGCACCCACCCUGAUUGACAGCGGGGACUCCGUGGUGGCCAAGUAUAUAAAUAGGUUCCGCCAGGCUCAGCCCACCAGUCGAGAGGAGCGCCAGCCUGCAGGCCCAACCCCAGCUGACUUUUGGUGGCUGCGGUCUGACUUUCCAGACCCUAGCAGUCAAAGUGCAGCAGCAGGAGCCAACAAACCAGAAGGAAGACCCCAUACAGCUGUCCCUACUGUGGCCAAGGCGACCAGUGCAUCCCACGCUGUGGCUCCGCUUCAGGAAAUAAAGCAGAAUCUCAACACAUGGAAUUCAUCCCUGCUGGACCUGGAGACGCUGAGCCUACAGAGCAGAGCUGCCAGGCUGCUCAAACGCAGCAAAGCCUCCAUCUCCUCCUCCUCCCUCAGCCCCAGCGAUGCCAGCACUUCCUCAUUCCCCACCCGUUCCGAUGGCCUCUCUCCCCUCUCGGAGACCUUCAUCCCUGACUCCAGCAAGGGCCCUGACCCCAGGGCACCCGCAUCCCCGGCACCAGCCCAGGCCCAGAUCCCCACCCCUGCUCCAGCCCCAGCCUCCUCCCAAGCACCUCUUCGGCCAGAGGAUGACAUUCUGUACCAGUGGCGGCAGCGGCGGAAGCUUGAACAGGCUCAGGGAAGCAAGGGUGACAGAGCUUGGGUGCCACCUCUGACCCCUGCCCUUCGCACUCUGACCUCUCCUGCUCCAGUGGAGACCCUCGGUUCUCUGGGGACACAGCCUAACCAUGUCCCACUGUGGAGCAGUGUGGCCGGACCUGGUCCACCAGAGGCCUUCUAUAUGGAGAGACCUCCUUUUCCCUCAAUGUCCUCUCCACACAUCUUUUGGGCCCCCAGCCCCCACAGGUUCUUCUGCACCCCACAGUCUGGGCCUUGGGUAUCCCUUGGGGCUGUUCCUCCCACGCAGUCGGCCUCCACCCUAGCACAUCUGGGCUCCACCCUCAUGCCCCCAGCUCCCCUGGCCUCCACCCUUGCACCCCCGGCCUCCACCCCGGCUCCCCCGGCCUCCACCCCGGCUCCCCCAGCCUCCACCCCGGCUCCCCCAGCCUCCACCCCUGCACCUCCAGCCUCCACCCUCGCAUCCCCAGCUGUUCCCCAGGGCUUGCCCAUCCCUGAGCCAAGCAGCUGUGCCCAGCCUAAGAGCCUGAGGUCCACGUCUCGGAGGAGCAGAGCCCCUCGCCGAGAGGCUGCCGAGGGAGUCAUUGCAGCUGGCCAAGGACCUGGCCCUCAGCUCAGGGGUGUCCUGGGCCAGGUAGUGGCAGCUCGGCUGUUCCCUGACAGCCUGGAGGACGCUCCUUCUCACUUCGAGGGCCCGCCUCCACCUGAGGCUGUAUCUCUGAAAGUCAAGGCCACACAACCCCAAACCAAGGCCACUCCCCCUCCAUCUGAAUCCCGGUGUCGGGCCAAGGCCGAGUCUCGGAAAGCCAAGGCCUUGCCGCCAGCAGCGGGGUCAGUGAUCUGGAAGAGCGAAGCCACUCCUUCCUCUGGAUCCUGCCGGCAGCCCGAGGUCGCACCCUCUCCAGCUGAGCAGGCAUCCACAGUCAAGGCCUCGCCGCCUGCCUUCCAGGUGGGGUCUCCGGAGGCCCUGGCCCCGCCCCCUCCCUCUGCUGACCACGCCCCCUCGGAGGCCCUGCUCUCCCAGGCCGCCCGGCUGCUGCAGGCUGCAGAAGACUCCGACGGCAGCGAAUUCCAGGACGAUCCCGUGCUGCAGGUGCUAAGAGCCCAGAGGGCAGAGCUGAGACGGCAGAAAAGGGAAGCGGAUGCCCGAUUAUCGUUCCUGUUGGACCAGGCCAAAGACCCGGGAUCUUGCUCCCCUCCAGCCAGGUCGCCCCCCAGGUCCCCAAGGAGGCUGCUACGAAGGGAAGGAGCUUCCCUGGAGGCCAGACGACUUUGAAUUGUACAUAGAGAUUCUAUUUUACGCAGCGAG